UUGGACGGUACCUUUAAAAUCGUCCCAAGACAGUUCGAUGACAAGGGUCAACUCCUUACAUUAAUGGUGCUUGACCAAACAACGAAUGAAUACAUUCCUGUUGUCCACAUUCUUAUGAAAUCUCGGACAGCAGAAGCGUAUACAACCGCAUUUUCCGCAUUAAUUUCAAUAAUUGGGUUCAACAAUUUCAAAACUGUUUACGUAGAUUUUGAAAUCGCACUUUACAAAUCCAUUAAAUUAUUUUGUCCAAACGCAAAGGUUACUGGCUGCUUAUUUCAUUAUCGCCAAGCAUUAAUUCGCAAAAUAAAAGAAUUAUACCCGAAACAAGAGAUACCAAAAGAGAUUUUUACACUUUACCAAAUUUAUUCCUCAUUACCUUUCGUCGAAAAAGACUCAUUUUAUCAAAUACUUAAAUUAAUCGAUGAGUCAUCCUCAGAAAUUGCAAAGCCGUUCGUAAAUUACUAUAAAAAAGUAUGGAAGAAAGAUUAUGAGUUCAUUAACCAAUUAGAUUCAGAGGAUGAUAUCUACACAAAUAAUGCUCUUGAAUCCUUCCAUUCUUUGCUUUCGAAAGAAUUAGAAAAUGCCCAUCCUAGCCUCGAAAUAAUGAUUGCAAUCUUAAUGAAAGUCGAUAAACACUUGUUGGAUAAACAAUUACUCAGUACAAAACCAGCAAAACAUCCUGUCAAUUAUACAAAGUCCACAGCAAAUAUUAAAAAAGCAAUUACAAAUUAUUUAUCCGAAACAAAUCGAAAUUCCAAGAAAAUCAAAUCAAACUUAAAGAAUUUCAACAGUCAAAUCAAGUAA